CAGCGGGGAGUUCUGCUACCCAAAGCUUUCCACAUUCCUGGCUGGCUGCUUCGGCUGCUGAAGGGCUGCCUUCUAUCGGGAAAAGAAAGGGACUUCAAACCUUUCAGGAAUAAAGAUGGCUGCUGAACCAGAAGACAAUUGCAUCAGCUUUGUGGAAAUGAAAUUUAUUAACAGUACACUUUACUUUGUAGCUGAAAAUGAUGAAGACCUGGAAUCAGAUUACUUUGGCAAGCUUGAACCUAAGUUCUCAGUCAUACGAAAUUUGAACGACCAAGUUCUCUUCAUUAACCAGGGAAGUCAACCCGUCUUUGAGGAUAUGCCUGAUUCUGACUGUUCAGAUAAUGCACCCCAGACCAUAUUUAUCAUAUGUAUGUAUAAAGACAGCCUCACUAGAGGUCUGGCAGUAACCAUCUCUGUGCACUGUAAGAAAAUUUCUACUCUCUCCUGUAAGAACAAAAUUAUUUCCUUUAAGGAAAUGAGUCCUCCUGAUAAUAUUGAUGAUGAAGGAAAUGACAUCAUAUUCUUUCAGAGAAGUGUUCCAGGACAUGAUGAUAAGAUACAAUUUGAGUCUUCAUUGUACAAAGGAUACUUUCUAGCCUGUAAAAAAGAGAACGACCUUUUCAAACUCAUUUUGAAAAAAAAGGAUGAAAAUGGAGAUAAAUCUGUAAUGUUCACUGUUCAAAACAAGAACUAG